AUGGAACUCAACUUCGAUUGGCCGCCCCUCGACGCGCAUGAAGGAGUCAUGAAUCCCACCUACGAUUGGUCGCCCUUCUCGGACAUGCAUGAGAGAGACAUGCAGACGCCCUUCGCCAGCGCAUCGGACAACCAAUCAACCCACGCUUUCAGCGAGCUGCAACAGGGCAAUCUCGCACCUGCCUGCAGCUCCGCUGGAACUGGCACUCUUCAGCCAUUGGAUCAAGCCAUCCAGGCCGCCCUAGCCGCCCUCGACAACGCAGCCAACCCGCCCAACCAGCACAUUUGCUUCGAACCAGGCUGCAAGAAAAACCAGUUCACCCGAGACGCCGACCUACAGCGUCAUAUCAAAACCGUACACACCCGGGACGAAGCUUUCUACUGUGAGGUUGAUGGAUGCCCGCGCAGUGAGGUCCUUCACGGAGUUAAGAAACCGUUUUGGCGCGCCGAUAAGAUGAAGGAGCAUAUGCGGACGGUGCAUGGCGUUACGAGGUCCUGA